GCUGGCCUUGCAAUUUCUUACCCACACCCUCCCUUGACUUCAGUCUUCUUCUCUCUUGACUAAGCCAACACAAUCUGUUCUUUCCCUUCCUUUGGUUAAUUAACUCUCCCUGCAAGGUCUCAUCUUAAAAUACAUACAAUCCUCUUUCACCAAACUUUUGUUUCGGCUAAAACAACUCAUCCAAUACCUUUAUCAUAUCCGUCCUUAUUUUCAUUCAUCCCCAAAGUCAUAUAGUUAAUGGCAUCGAACUUUUUCACUUCUUCACGUGCAUCCAACUCCUACUGGACGCCUCACCAAAACAAGCUAUUUGAGAAGGCACUAGCAGUAUAUGACAAGGACACCCCUGACCGGUGGCAAAAAGUGGCGGCUGCUGUGGGCGAGAAAUCGGCCGAGGAAGUAAGAAAGCACUAUGAGGUCCUAGUGGAAGAUCUCAUGUAUAUUGAAUCUGGUAAAAUACCUAUACCCAAUUACAAAAGCACUGCUGGGAGUUACAGAAGAUGAAUUGCUGGUGAGCUAAGAUUUAUGAAGAAUAUAAAGCUCCAAUGAAACAAAAGUUUAAGCUACACUGUUUAGAGAACCUGUACAAACUAAAAAGAAACAUAAUUGUAAAGAAAUGGAGAAUCGAGAUCUCGAUUCUCCAUAAAAAAUUUGGCUCUCUGUCUCUUAAGAGUGUAUGUUCCAUUUAGUUGAAUAAUAAACAAGUGUAUCAAACUUGUAAGUUCCAAUUUUAAAUAAAAAUUAGUGUGAUACUAAA